AUGGACGGUGAGUUCAUCAAGUACAAGGCGAAUCCGAGGUUUGCCAUGGUAGUGCGCAACGACAACCCAAUGGAUGGUGCAGACAUCAUCCUUUGGACGGUGGGUGGCAUGAACGACAAAUGGUCGUUCGAUGGCAAACUCAUCAGAAUGGAGACGGACCGCAACAAAUGUUUAUCGGUUCGCCUUCCCGCGGGCGAGGGCAGCAAAGUGUCUGCCGACAAGUGUGGCAACGGAGGCACAGCAGUGAGAUGGAACAGAAUCGGCAGCCUGAUCCGCUGGGAGACAAACCCCAAGUAUUGCCUGUCCGUUCGGCAAGGGCAUAUUAUGGACGGUGAAGACGUCAUCCUUUGGAGUUGUGCGGAGACGGCUGAAUUCCAGUGGGAGGUGUCAGGGAGUUUCAUCAAGCACAAGGAGAAUCAGGACUACUGCCUCUCGGUGCGUGAGACCAGUGGCUACAAGGCCGCGGCCGAUGCGGUGAUUUGGUCGUGCCAGGCUGUUGAGCCGCUCGGAUUGCCGGUCUCUGCUGACCAGAGACAACAGACCAUGGCUGACGAGAAUGUCUGGAGAAUUGAGGGUCCCUACAUCAAGUCCUCGCUGGAUGCGAAGUACUGUGCGAGUGUGCGGCAGGGCGAGAUAACUGACGGCUCUGACAUCAUCAUGUGGCACUGCAGCGACGGCCGAGAGUUCAAGUGGCUCGCGAACCCCAGCUACUGCAUGAGCGUCCGCGAAGGCAGAGCUGGAGAUGGCUCCGACAUCAUCCUCUGGAGCUGUGCACGCUCCAACGCCUACCGAUGGAAAGUUGACGGUGGCUCCAUCGUGUUUGAGGCAGAUCAGAGAUACUUUCUGUCAGUCCGACAGGGCCGCGUCCAGGAUGGUGCAGACGUCAUUCUCUGGUCUGGGUACAUCAACCCCUUCCUCUUUACGUUCGACGGAUUCCUGCUGAAACCGAAGGCCGAUCCUAGCAGAUGUGUCAGUGUGCGCGAGGGCAAGAUCGCCGAUGGCAGCGAUGCCAUCUUGUGGCAGUGCAGCAACACGGACGAAUAUCGCUGGACAGUGUCGCAAGAUCACCUCGUGUUGGGCAGCGACGAGCACUACUGCCUGGCUGUACGAGAGGGUAAGUGCCAGGAUGGCGCGGACGUCAUCCUGUGGACCUGCGGCGAUGACCACUCCUCGCGUUGGGUCGUGGAUGGUGAGCGUAUCCGGUGGAAGGCCAACAAAGACUAUUGCAUGUCCAUCCGGCAGGGCCGAAUAGGCGAUGGUUCGGACAUCAUUGUUUGGGCUUGUGACGAGCCCUACGAACUAGACGACGAGCUCUGA